GAGGCACAGGGCUCGUGCGGAAGCCUGCCCCGUGGUCCAAGGAGAGCGGCCUCACGGAGAAGAAGAUCCGCGAGCUGGUGCAGCAGUGCAUCUCCCAGCACGCGGGCAGCACCAAGGGGCCCCCAUCGCCUACGGCACCAGCGUCAUCAGGAGCGGGCGCCGGUUGCAAGGAGCAGGCGCAGCACGUGCAGGGCAACAUCCAGCAGCGCACGGAGCUCCAGGCGAAGAUCAACUUCCACGAGAAGAGCCUCAAGGAGUGCAAGAUCGUGGAGGCAGAGGGCGGCCCAAUUCACCUCCUGCACCAGCGGGCCCUCGACGUCCUUCGGCAGCAGGCGCGUGAAUUGCGCCCCCCAGGCGCUGCUUACAAGGCCUCGUCCCAGAAGCUCGCGCGGUGCAUGCAGCAGCUGGACCGCUUCACGAGCGACCUGCAGGGCCUGGAGGCGCAGCUGGAGGCUACCCAGCGCAAGAUCCAGGAGAAUGCGAAGCACGAGCAAACCAUGCAGGCUGCACGUGGUGAGAAGCCCCACCCAGUCAUCAAGGAGGAAGACUUGGUUGGCUUCGACCUCGCCGAGCAGCUCGACGACGAUGGCGCGAAGGAGGCCCUCGAGCAGUUCAAGGCGAGCCCCCACUUCGGCAAGAUCCAGGCGGCCCUCCGCCAGCAGGCGGCGGAGAAGCUGGCUACGGUCAUGGCUGAGGAACCUGGAGGCGAUAAGCGCGGAGCCGCCUGGGUGGAGCUGGCCAAGGAUGACGUCGGCGCCCUCUGGCAGCAGCUCCUCAGCAGCGGACAGCAGCCUACGGACUGGACCAAGGAGAAGCUGGGCGACGCCUUCACGCAGGUCCAGCACAGCAAGCACCGCAGCGGGCUACUGGCUGCCAGCGCUGGCGCCAAGCAGCUACACGCACCAGCAGCGGUCACCAUCACGCACACCUUCGAGACCUUCAACGCCAACCAGGGAAAGCUAACCCUCCAGAAGCGGCUGAGAAGGUCAACAGCAAUGGUCAUCAUGGCUCAGGAGAUAGGCUACGGCAUCGAUGACUGCGAGAGCCUCUCUUCUUGGGCAACGGCGCGCGGCUGGCAAAGCUUCAUCGUGCCAGGGCUGCCCUCACGAGGGUACCUCCCCUCCGCAGGCCUGGCAGUCUUCGCCAGGGAGGGGAUCGGGCUGCGCGGGCCCACUUACCCUGGCGAUGCCCCGCCCAGACGUGCAGGCAGCGUCAACGAGACCAUUGCGCACGGCACCGAGCUCGUCCGUGGCAGGGCUCAACACGUCGUCGUGGAGCUGCCGAACUGGCCGCCGCUCAACGUCGUCAACGUGCACCUCCACACAGGGGAGGGCAUGAGCAGCCGCAACGCAAGUAUACUCAUGACGGUGGGGCUCGCGCUCGCGGGCCAGGCGCACCCUGGCAUCAUCGGCGGUGACUGGAACAUGGACGUGCAGGUUGUCAAGAACUCCGGCUUCCCCGUGCACGCGCAGCUGGAGAUGGUCACCCCGAAGCACGCGACCUGCAGGACAGCGGCGUCGGUGUCAACCAUCGACUACUUCGGGCUGACCACGGGAGCCAUGCGCAUGCUAGCUGCAUGCAACGCAGACUUGACCUGGUCGGUAAAGCCGCAUCGACCAGUUCAGCUUCAACUGACAGCGGAGGGCACCAAGCUCAGGUACCUCACCUACGUAGGCGGUGCGAAGAUACCAGCGCAGAUUGUGCACGGACCUUUCCUCGAGGAGAGCAGCUGGCCCCUGGAGCGCAGCUUCGCUGAGCAGGCGCUGAGCAUGGCCAAGGUGGCGCCCGCUGCAGUCGCCUGGCGUUUCCUCUCGAAGGCUUGGGGCAGAUGGGCGACCAGGGCAGCCUCGAGGGUCGGGCACCUCACUGGUACGGAGACGCGGGCCAGCGCCUACGCGCGCCCGCUCCAAGCCAAGUGGGUCGAGCGUGAGCACCAGGUCCUCACGGAGGAUGAGGUACAGGCGGUCGCGGAUGGAUGGAAGUGGCUGCAGGACUGCCUGGCGGGCCUCAUCACCGCAAAGGCGAACGCCAGAACACCCGAGGGCCGACUGUUUCUCGACAACGAGCUGCAAGGCUUCCUCAGUGUAGACUACUGUGGGCAGAACCUCAGCGCGAGGCUCGACGCAUCAGUUCGGCAUGCUCGGCAGAUUGCGCAGAGGAGUUUCAGCAGUGAGGACAUCAUGACCUUCUCGGAGGAGAUCGACGAGGAUGUUAACUUUGCCAUGCAGCUAGCGAACAAGGAAUCUUCGAGGCGCUGGAGAGAAUGGUGUGACGGGGCCUGUGCGGGCGGAGCGGGGAAGCUCCACAAGGUCACUCGCGUGCGAGCAGUUCAGGCCCCCACCACGGUUAGCGACUCGGAGAACGGCAUCACAGGGCACCCGCACUUUGUAGUCAAGGAUAUGGAGGAUACGCACGCAGCGCUGUGGAAGGCGGUGAAG